UCUUCCCCCUCCUACCAUUCUAGCUACUCUAUAUCUACACACUCUCUCUUCAUAUAUAUACACACACCCCUCUCUUCCUCUUCCUCCCCUCCUUCUUACAUCCACAACUUCCCCUAUUCACACACACAAUCAAUCCAUCUUCAACUAUGUCUGGGAGAAGAUCACGACAAUCGUCCACCACCUCAAGAAUCACAGACGAUCAGAUCAUCGAUCUCGUCUCCAAACUCCACCAAUUCCUCCCUGAAAUCCGCAACACCCGCCGCUCCAACAAGGCUUCUGCAAAUAAGGUGCUUCAAGAGACUUGCAACUACAUCAGAAAUUUGCACAAAGAGGUGGAUGAUUUGAGUGAGAGGCUGUCGCAGCUACUGUCGUCGAUUGAUGCAGAUAGUCCAGAAGCAGCCAUAAUUAGGAGCUUAAUCUGAGUGAUUAUGUAUUAAUUAAUUAUUAUUAUUAUAUAUAGGAUUAUUUCUGUCUUUUCAGUUUUAAUUAUGUAUUAUAUGUUAAGGUUGAUCAUCACUAGUAUUCGAUCCGGAUCGACAUUAAUUAAUAUGAGUCGAUUUGCUCUGUUAUAUAUUUGAGAUCGUAUUAAAUAAAUUAAAAUUAUCGCCAA